UCCUUGUCGUUUAUUGAUCUGCUAGUGGUCCAAACCGAUAACGCCAGUAGCUGAACUACAAUAUUUUAUUAAUUGAUUGAGUGAUACAGCUUAUCGCAAGAAGCCAGAACGAUGGAGAGUUAAAAGACGAAAUAAAAAUAUGGCCAAAUGGUUGAAUACUACUAUCAGUCUGCUGGAUGUUACGCUUCUUUUGUCUUUAGCCAGGACGUUAUCCAAUAGGAAGUUACGUAGUAACCGCCCGUCUACUAUAGGCUAAACAAAUUUGAAGUAAGGCGGACGUGAUUGGACGAGAGCGCGAAGGGGAGGCGUGGCCUAGUUUGCUGACGUUGGAGCUGUAGAGUGCGUCGUACCCUUAACGGCUACACUCGGAACGGAAUAAACCCCCUGCUUGUAUCAGCAGCGGACUUGGUUAGUGUCGAUGACGGGACGCAACAAACACAUUAAAUUGCGAUUUGUGUCUUGAGAAGUCGCAAAACUGUGGCCUAACUUUGAAGAAGUGCAGGGCCGUGGGAGCGCUGGGGACAGUUAUAGCCCUGCACUCACCGGAUUUCUAUCCUACCGCUCUGCACCAGGUCAGCAACUUCACCAGAAUCCGGGCACGGUGGCCUUCCAACCGACUUCGCCGAAUUGUCCAGCAUUUACUACUCCGGGCGCCCAGUCUACCAGCACAUCAGGAAUGGCAUACCUCAAGUCACCACCAUAUGCUGUGAACGGCAUAGGAUUGGGAUCCACGGGCGUUGACCUUCUACAUCCCACAGUGGGCUAUCCUGCCGCUCCAGCGCCGCCUCCAAGGAAACAACGGAGAGAGAGGACGACUUUUACAAGGGCCCAACUAGAUGUUUUGGAAGCUCUGUUCAGCAAAACCCGUUAUCCAGAUAUCUUCAUGAGGGAAGAAGUGGCAUUAAAGAUUAACUUGCCAGAAUCUAGAGUCCAGGUUUGGUUUAAGAAUCGUAGAGCAAAGUGUCGCCAGCAACAGCAGCAGCAAAAUGGAGGAGCGAGUAAAACACGACCAAAGAAAUCCAAAAGUCCUCAAACUACCAGUUCACCGCCAACAACCCGCGAAUCUCCGUACAAACCACCUCAACCUCUAUCAACUUCGCCUUCGGUGUCGUCAGUUAACACCAGCUCUAUUUGGAGUCCCGCAGCAAUCACACCUGUGUCCGAUUUGAUGUCCGGCAGCAGCUGUAUGCAGCGUGCUUCGUAUCAGAUGACCAAUAACACCCCUUCGACACCAAGUUGCUAUAGCCAGACCUAUCCACCGACAGCCUAUUACGGAAACAUGGACUACCUACCUCCUUCCAUGACGCACGCUCAGUUGAGCGUCACCACCAUGUCUUCGACUUUGAAUCAAAUGGGUUCGCCAACAAUGACUUCCCAUAUGAGUCCUGUGGGUUUACCAUCUCAAACUCUUACGUCUAGAACACCUCCGAUGAACGGAGGUCUUCCUCCAACAGACUGUCUCGAAUAUAACACGGAAAAACCAGCUUGGAAAUUCCAAAUGUUGUGAAAGAGUUCCUUUUAGUGUGUCAACGCUCAACACGGCCAUAAUUCGGAGAUGCUGUUGCUAUCGGAAUAUCCCUUUUUCCUGAAGGCGAUGAAGUGUCCAACCAGCAAAUCACACAGUAUAUACCGAAAAUAAGCCCACAGCAGUCAUUUAUAUCAUAUCCCUUGUAAAUAGUACAAAGUGUUGUCUUUUAGUAGCAGUUGGUAUGUUAGUGAAACAGGGUAUUCGAGGUUAUCAACACCAUGCGGAUGUUGGUCAUAAGCACUUUCCCGGUUCCCACUCAUUUUUUAUUUUAUUUUUUCUGGGAGAUUACAUUUUAAACUUCUGUUUUUCCACUUUAAAUUGCUGAUGUUUGGAAAAUUUUAUUUAAUUUUUAAAGUAAGUUUUAUUGAAAGAUUGUAAAGUGAUAUAGAUAGUAUAUAUAAUUCCUAAAUCCGCCUCCGAGAGUACUGAAUAUGGUGUACUGUUGAUGUGGAAAGCUACGCGUAAGAAAGUAUUCAGAUAACAUUACCAACUUUGUCGUCAAAAUUGCAUGUGUAUAACCGUCGAAAUAAAAACAUGGGAUUAUGAAAA